AUGACGACGACGACGACGACGAGGAGGCGGCGCGGCGCUCGUUCGGCCUCGGCGGGGCAGCGCCUCCGCCGCCUCAUCUCCUUCCUCAGCCGGCACCGCCUGUACCGCACCGCCCACACGUACCGUGGAGCGAAGACGUGCGUCUUCUUCGACGCGGCGCACCUCCGGCGGAUGAUGCUCCGCGACCGCUGGGCCGCCGCCUCGUCCUACGCCCUCAGCUUCGUCAAUUAUCGAGACUGCAGCCGCGAGGCCGACGAGCUCAACCACCGCAUCCUGGCUCUCCGCGUCCUCACCGCCUUUGCAGCUGGCCAGGCCCGCUCCGUUGAGACUCUCUUCCGGCGCAUGUACGCUUACCUCCGGUUCAAACCAGACCGGGACCGCAUCGCAAUACGGAGGCUCCUGCUCGCCAUGCGCUCCGACGACACCAAGUCCUCCAGGCUAUAUGGGCGCUUCAAGCCCAGGGCAGUGCAGGGCAUUAUGGACUUGGCUGCCAAGUGCCCAGAGCUCAAAGCCAAGACACGGUUACCCCGCUAUAUGUCUCUUGGUCAUCCUGAGUCAUGGCGGAAUACUCCUAAGGAUCAUCAAAAACAUAAUACCAAUCUUCCGGCACGGACCCUUGCCCGUUCCUUUCUGCCAAAAAGGCCUCCUCAGAUUAGUCACAAGAAGGUUAAUCACAAGACGAAUUGUUCAGAUGCUCCAAGUACUGCAGCCUUUGAGGGUAUGCUGUCUACUCCACCAGCACCAGCUAAAAUGUUUCCAGUUUCAUCCACUAAUGACACAGUUACCCAGGCCGCAACCCAAAGAGAGGAAGCUGAAAUCACCAAGGCGCCAGCGGCUGCCUCGAAUCUUGUUGUCGGGCUUCGUGUACCACGCCAGCGUCGUCCUAACCCACAAUACAUUGGCCCAGAGUGGAUUGCGUGA